AUGGCAUUCUGGGCGGCCUGCAGCACCCCGCUGUGCUUGGAGGUAAAUCAAGGCGCGGCAAGGCGCGGCCGCCUUUGCGCAGCAGCCUUGGCGCUCAUGUCGUCCGCCUCGGUGACUCCCGCAGCCUUCCUCCGCGUGGGCGACGCCAUCUUCCUCGUAUCCGUCGACUCCUCCGAGGGCGAGGGCGGCUUCGUGUCGGCGCGUCGUGGCCAGCUCGGGGUCUGCAGCUCGCCGACGCCGCCCGCCUCCUUUUCGCAUGAGUCCGUCUUCGUCGUCAAGCCGCAGCAGAACUAUGUCGCGGCGAGGAAGCUCAAGGCCAUGCUCGAGCAAGAGAACAAGACCGCCGAGCAGAUGGCGGCAGACCCGGCGCUGAUGGCCGCGCAGGCUGCGGUGGAGAGGGAGGAGGAGAUGAACCGAGCCUCCUUCUCGCGCAUCGCCGGCCGCGAGGUGCGGUACGGCCAGGUGGUGCAGCUGCACCACGCCGUGACGGACGUCCCCGUUGCCGUCGGGCGGCAGGCCGCCCUCCUCAACCGCGAGGGCCGCCGCGUGGUGGAGAGCGAGGCCGCGGGCGAUGCGGCGUGGUUCCGUGUGAUGCCUCGGCUGAGGAUCCAGUCCGAGGGCGAGCGGGUGCGGCUCGGCGACCCGAUCGUGCUUGAGCACGUGCAGACCUCGCUGCGGCUCCGCGUCGAGCGCGCCGGUCGCAUGCCCGACGGGAGGCGCGAGGUGUCGGCCACGCUCGAGAAGGCGGCGCUGCGCGUGUCGCUUUACCGGCCGCACGGCGGCGCGGGCGAGGAUGCGGACGCGCCGCGGCCGCUCUUUGGCGGGGAGGCGGUGCGGCUCGUGUACGAGGAGGAGGAUGGCUUCCUCGCCGCCAUCGCCUCCGACCUGAUCCUCAAGGACCUCGGCGGCAGGCUG